CAGCGCAUCGCGCGUACACUUCCAGCCAUGGCCGACAUCAAUCCUACUCCCGGCCAGCUCAACUGGCGACUGAGUGCACACCCCAUCACCCUCUUGACCUUCCUCUCCUUCCGAAUCGCCAGUCUCCUCGUCUACCUCCUCGGCAUGCUCUUCACCUCCAACUUCGUCAUGAUCUUCAUCAUCACCAUCAUCCUGCUCGCAAUGGAUUUCUACUAUUUGAAAAAUAUCGCCGGAAGACGGCUCGUCGGCUUGCGAUGGUGGAAUGAAGUCAAUGGACAAUCGGGAGACUCGCAUUGGGUCUUUGAGAGUGCUCCGCAGGCGAAUGAACCGGGAGGGAAAAUUGUAAACGCGACGGAUAAGAGAUUCUUUUGGUUGGCGUUGUAUGCUCAGCCGGCGCUGUGGGUUGCUCUCGCGGUGGUCGCGUUGGUGAAGUUUAUGUUUGUGUGGUUGACGCUUGUUGCUAUUGCGAUGGUGCUCACGAUUACGAAUACUCUGGCAUUCUCGAGAUGUGACAAGUUUAGUCAGGCAAGCGGACUUGUGGAAAGAGGCCUCUUCACGGGUUCAUUGGCGAGGAAUGUGGGAGGCGCAAUGUUUUCGCGAUUGUUCAAUCGGGGAUAGAAAAAAAAGAGAAGCAGAUAUGAUCUUUCACAUAUUACUCAUGGCAAAGAAGAAAAAAAGAUUCCAG